AUGGGCCUCUCCACCAGCACCGUGCUCUUCUUGAUCCUCUGCUGCUGUCUCUGUGAUGCAGGAGCCAGAAAACAUAAUUCUGUCCUCACAGUGCCCAAUGGAGGACCAUGGGGUUCUUGGGGAAACAUCCAUUUUUGUCCCAAAGGAUAUGCUCGUGGUUUCUCACUGAAGGUAGAGCCAGAGCAAGGGUUCUGGGGUGACGAUUCAGCCCUUAAUGGAAUUCGCCUGCAUUGUGAUAAUGGCGCAGUAAUUGAGUCUUCGGUUGGACUGUGGGGAAGUUGGACGGGGAUUCAAUUAUGUCCCAAAGGCUACCUGGUCUCUUUCUCUCUGAGAGUGGAAGAACCCCAGCAUGGAUCGGAUGAUACAGCUGCCACCAACAUCCAGUUCGUCUGCGACGAUGGAACUUCACUUACGGGCCAGUCACUUGACUGGGGUAGUUUUGGCGCAUGGAGCCAGCACUGUCCCACUGGUGCCAUAUGUGGGAUCCAGACAAAAUUGCACAGUUACCAAGGGCGGUGGGGUGAUGACACAGCACUUAAUGAUGUGAAGUUAUACUGCUGUUCUGAAUCAUAA